UCCCACCUUCUGCCUCCGUCGUGCUGAUGAUCUUACGGAGGGGGUGUGGCCAUGUGUGUCCAUAAGUCAAGUCCCUGUUGGGGGGAACCUCUUCAUCAGGUCGAGCUGGGCUGACAGUUAGGCAAAGAGUGGAGCUGACUUGGUGGACUUUAUUGCGAGGAUCCUGUGGAUGUCUCACUCCAGAGCUGGCCAACAAGACAACACUCCACUUUGGACACGGCUUCAAAACUCUGCACCCAGGAUGCGUUACUGCACUGUUAGUUUGCGCCGGAUCUUUUCCACCUUGUUUGUGGUCUGCAGCACUGCAGUGAUGGCAGAUGAUGAAUGCCCACCUGUGUGCUCCUGUGCUCCCUCGUCUCCAGUGUGUCCAGCGGGUGUCAGCUGGGUGAGCGACCGCUGCGGCUGCUGUAAAAUAUGCGCCAGGCAGUUCAAUGAAGACUGCAGCGCUGCUCAACCCUGCGAUCACAUCAAGGGGCUACGCUGCCAUCUCGGGGCUGGAGGAGACCCCGACAGAGGACUGUGCCGAGCUGAGGCUCACGGUCUACCCUGCGAGUUCAACGGCCAGUUGUACCAGCACAGUGAGAACUUCCAGCCCAGCUGCCAGCAUCAGUGCACCUGUAUGAAUGGAGUGGUGGGCUGCAUGCCCCUCUGUCCUCACCAAGUGCCCCUGCCCAACUUGCACUGUUCACGGCCCCGGUUGGCACGGCCAGAAAACAGCUGCUGCGAGGAGUGGUUUUGUGACGACGACAACCACAUCAGAGUGGAGCCCGAAGAAAAGACACACACCCCUCUGUCCGAGAGUCAGCCUCUUCCAAACCACAUCAUUGCUUUGCUGCCACCCUACCCGCAGCCUCGCCAGCCAACUGCCGCCAGUGGGACCAUGUUCAGAGAGAUAACAACAUUCCCGAUGCUUGAUUUGUUACUGGAGUCCAGCUGUCUUCCACAAAUCACUGCCUGGACAGAAUGCUCCACCUCAUGUGGGAUGGGAAUAUCAAGUCGAGUCACCAAUCACAACCAAGACUGUCAGCUGAUUCGAGAAACCAGGCUUUGCCAGAUCCAACAUUGUCACCUGGAGCUUCCUCUGGCAAUCGAGGGGAAGCAGUGCCAGAGAACCAUUCGACCGCGGGAGCCAGUUCAAAUCACUUUUGCCGGAUGUUCCACAGUACAGCUCUACCGCCCUCGCACUUGUGGAUCUUGCCUCGACGGCCGCUGCUGCAGGCCCUCAGUUACCCGCACUGUACGGCUGCGCUUCCAUUGCCUGGACGGUGACAGCUUCUUCAGAAAUAUCAUGUGGAUCCAACGCUGCAGCUGCAGUAAAAACUGCUGUGCACACAGCCGGCCCUCCAGGCCUUUGCUUAGGCUCCACAAUGACAUUCACACUUUUAGGCCUUGAGGCUGACUCAUCAGGUCUGGCCUGGAAGACUUUGCACCAACCCAUUUUACCCCGUCAACCCGAGCAUCCCCUCCUUUGACCAAAUACACGCUUGCACUUUAAGCUUCCUGCCACAAUGACAUAAGUUUGUCCACAUUAUAGGAGUGGCGUGUCACCUCUCGACCACAAGAGCAGCUCGGAGAAGAACACACUGUGCAGCUCUAUUAGACAGUUGGCAGAAAGCUUGGACUAAUUUUUAUCCCUUGUAAUUUAUUUGUACAUUUUUGUUCACAUUCUCUAUUUCCACAGAUGGUAAUGUGACGGCUCGUCUCACCGAGUUGUGAAAACUGAUGAUGAAACGGGGAUGAUUUGGUCAUACGGUUUCAAGAUGUUGGGUCAUCCACUCCAAAACACCAUUUCUGACAUACGACCGCAUCCAGACUUCACUCAUUCUCUAUUUGCAGAGUGAUCAUUUUGUUUGGGGAUCACCUCAUUUUUCGGGGUGUGAUAUUUUGCGUCCAUUGUGUGUUGAAGUUGACCAUUUUUGGGGAAGAAUUUUGCAUAUCGCUGCUGAUGUCAAACGUGUCCAAUGUCACAAUUUUUUUUCCCCAACUCUAUUCUAGUGGUUCGGCCACACGUGGCGUUAGGUUUACAAAUUACUGACCAAUCUAAAGUGUUAGUAAUGGCAUGCGCUAUUUGAUGAUGCAAUGUCAAUAGUCAAAAGUGAGGAUUUUGGUGAUAUAAUUUUUUGUUUGUGUCUGUCCACACCUGUAUAUCAAAUAAAAAGUCAUCAAAGGUUA